CAUCGGACAACAAAUGUCAAACCGGCUCGGCGGGGUGCUCCGCCCGGUCGUUUGCAAACCAGAUUAUAAUUAUUUACGUGGUUGCUUUAUAAUUUAGGAUAAUACACUUUUAUAUCAUAACACAAUCAUGAAGGAGCCGAAGCAAACUCCUAUAAAAGAGUUGGCCGAGUUACGCGCGUACUUCGCGUCGCAUAACGCGGUCCGCGAAUACGUCGCACAUUCGUCCAAGGUGCACUCGGUAGGCUGGUCGUGCGACGGCCGCAAGCUCGCCUCGGGUUCCUUCGACAAGACCGUCGCCAUCUUCAAUCUCGAGCGGAACCGACUGGUGCAAGAUUUUGUGUUCCGUGGACACACAGGGUCAGUGGACCAACUGUGCUGGCAUGCAUCACACCCGGACCUGCUCAGCACAGCCAGCGGGGAUAAAUCUGUGCGCAUCUGGGACACCAGAUCCCGCAAAUGUGCUGCAGUGAUCCCGACUAAAGGAGAGAACAUAAAUAUCGCGUGGGCCCCCAAUGGCGCCGCCAUCGCCGUCGGCAACAAGGAGGACCUCGUGUCGUUUAUCGACACGCGCACUUAUAAAGUGGUGACGGAAGAACAAUUCCACUUCGAAGUGAACGAGAUCUCGUGGAACAACAGCUCGGACCUGUUCUACCUGACCAACGGACUGGGCUGCGUGCACAUCCUGUCCUACCCGGGACUCGAGCUGCAGACCGUGUUGAAGGCGCACCCGGGCACGUGUAUAUGUAUUGAGCAUGAUCCGACGGGGCGGUACUUUGCGACGGGGUCGGCUGACGCGUUGGUUUCGCUGUGGGAUGCGCAAGAAUUGGCUGCGCUUAGAGUAUUUUCCAGGUUGGAGUGGCCGGUGCGCACGCUGUCGUUCAGCUUCGACGGGCGCCUGCUGGCGUCGGCCAGCGAGGACCACGUUAUAGACAUCGGAGACACGGAGACAGGAGAGAAAGUAGCCGAGAUCCCGGUGUCCGCGGCCACGUUCACGGUGUCGUGGCACCCGGGCCGGUACCUGGCCGCCUUCGCCUGCGAGGACAAGGAGCCGCCGGAGAGGAAGAGGGACGCCGGCAACCUCAAGCUGUGGGGGCUGCCCACCCAGGACCGCAACUAGUCACAGCCCCGGGAGGAACUUGUUGCACCGCACCCGGGGCACUGGGGCUGGCUCCCGGCCCCUGUGCGCUCACCUGCCUCCGGGGCCCCUCCGAGAGGAAUUGCGACGGACAUCUGACCGGGCCUCGACUCCUAGAGCUUACGGAGGCUACCUUCAAACCUGGCCCAAUACGGUGUCAAUAGAAUUAAAUUUUGCCCAUUUUGAAACAAUUGCAUCCUACAGAGUCUGAAGAAAUAUUAACCAAAUUAGCUCCGAGUCGCCAUGAUUGACGCCCUAUCCCUGACCAGAAUGGCUAUGUGGUCUGGAAUGGAACCAUGGAGAAAAACUCAGAUCUAAAGUAUUAAUUAGUUGCUGAGGGGCUUCUGCAAAUUGAACACGUGAGUGACUUUUUGUAAAUAUAAAGUGCGAAUCAUGACGUGUUAAACGAAAGUGAGACAAUAGUUUAUAUAAGUGAAUGUGAAGUGAUUUGUGGCUUUCAAUAGAGCCGUUAGAUGUCACUUUAUAUCAUCCUCGUCAAAUCGAAAUAUGUAUGUGGAAGUGUUUUAACAUUUUCCAUCUUGCUCGAAAAUUUUAUUUCAUGUGCUUAUUUCUUAUUCAAAUGCUUAUUUCAUGCGGAUAUACUGAAGGACUAAGGCAUGUAUUGUUCCCUCGGGAGUUAUGGAUUGUGAAAAAAAGGCAUAACUGCCAAGGGAGUUAUACCUUUUUUUUGCCACUAAUUCAUACAAACCAAGUAGGUAUAAAUGAGUUUUACUUUUAAAAUAUUAAAUAAUAUAAAAUAUUAUUAA